AUGGACCCGUUGAGCAUUACAGCUGGCGUCGUAGGCAUUGCUACCCCGGCAGUGCAUUGUAUACGCCUUCUCCUCGAGGACAUCCAGAAGAUCGUCGAUGCCCCCGAAGCCCUCAAGUCACUCAGGAAUGAUCUCCUCUCCGUGGACCAGGCCCUUGUUUCACUCCAGGCCGUAUCCGAAGCGCAGUGGCAGUCACUUGGCGACGCCGUCCUCGCUCAAUCCAAGACUGCGACCACCUCUUGCGGAGAGUCAUGUGACAGGUUCAGAGCCACUCUCGGUCGCUGGACCAGGCACAGCGAUGACGGGAAGCUCUCUCUGCGGGAUCGCGCAAUGGUCGGCUUCCUCAAACAAGGCCACGUGAAGUCCAUGUCGGAGCAGCUGCAACAUUGCAAGCUCACUCUCACCUCCGUUGUUUGCACUGCAACCCUACAUAGUUCCCUUCAGCAGAAGCGAGCAACCGAGGAGAUCAUAGUGGCGAUAUCGAAGCAGGAGGCCGACAUUGCAGAUUCCAUUGCUACGACGGAGAAACAACUGGCCGAGGUCAAUACCAAGCUGGGAGCACUCUGUAUGGCGAAGCAAGAGGAAAAUGAAACGGAAGCCGACCGAACUAGUGCGAUCAGUCAGGUGGCAAUCGAACAGACCGUCUUGGGCGAAUCACGAAAAUUGCUCCAAGAACUCCUCUCAGGCAUCCAUACCGCAGCCGAGAAUGCCCAGAAAGACAACGCUCAUGUGGUCAACAACUUCGGGGGCCAGAAGAAAGGCAUGCAGAUUGGAGCGAACUAUGGGACGAUUAGUGGCAUCACAUUUGGCCGCUAA